AUGAAGAAUCUCUCUAAACACACUUUUUUUUCCCCCUUAGGUUUCCAUCUGAGUGGCACAGUAACUGAGCCGGCCACAGCUUCGGAACCAGCAAUGACUUACAAAGUUGCCAUCAGUUUUGAUCGAUGCAAAAUCACUUCUGUGACAUGUGGCUGUGGGAACAAGGACAUAUUCUACUGUGCUCAUGUGGUAGCACUUUCACUCUACAGGAUCCGUAAACCAGAUCAAGUCAAAUUGCGUCUUCCUAUCUCAGAAACCCUUUUCCAGAUGAAUAGGGAUCAGCUACAGAAGUUUAUUCAAUAUUUAAUAACAGCUCACCACACUGAAGUUCUUCCUACUGCACAGAAACUGGCAGAUGAGAUUCUAUCCUCCAACUCAGAAAUCAACCAAGUGCAUGGUGCCCCUGAUCCCACAGCUGGGGCCAGCAUUGAUGAUGAGAACUGUUGGCAUUUGGAUGAAGAACAGGUGAAGGAACAAGUGAAACUCUUUCUUUCUCAGGGGGGUUACUAUGGCUCUGGAAAGCAACUCAACUCAAUGUUUGCCAAGGUUCGAGAGAUGCUACGAAUGAGAGAUUCCAAUGGAGCCAGGAUGUUGACGCUUAUAACUGAGCAGUUUAUGGCCGACCCACGUCUCACACUCUGGAGGCAGCAAGGAACAAGCAUGACAGACAAGUGCAGACAACUCUGGGAUGAGUUAGGGGCUUUAUGGGUGUGCAUCAUUUUAAAUCCACACUGCAAACUGGAGGAAAAAUCCUGUUGGCUGCUGCAGCUGCAGAAGUGGAGCGACCUUGAUGUCUGUCCCCUGGAGGAUGGGAAUUAUGGGCAUGAGCUGCCCAACAUCACCAAUGCACUUCCCCAGAGUGCCAAUCACAGCCCAGACUCUCUAUCCAGACCAAGACGAACAGUGUUCACUAGAGCCAUCGAGGGCCGUGAAUUGCAUUGGCAGGACAGCCACUUACAGCGGAUAAUCAGCAGUGAUCUAUAUACAGCUCCUGCUUGCCAACGGGAAAGUGAGAGACUGCUCUUCAAUUCUCAAGGCCAGCCACUGUGGCUUGAGCAUGUACCUACAGCCUGCGCUCGGGUUGAUGCCUUGCGUUCCCAUGGUUAUCCAAAAGAGGCCCUCAGACUCACGGCGGCCAUUAUCAAUACUCUGAGGCUGCAGCAACAGAGGCAACUGGAGAUCUACAAGCAUCAAAAGAAAGAACUGUUGCAGAGAGGAACCACAACCAUCACAAACCUGGAGGGCUGGGUGGGCCACCCCCUGGACCCCAUUGGCUGUCUUUUUCUCACUUUGACUGAGGCCUGCCGCCUGAAUGAUGAUGGCUAUCUGGAAGUGUCAGAUAUGAGUGAGAGCAGAACCCCUGUGUACCAGCAUGUACCUGUGGCUGCAGGCUGCCCAAACAACAGUGAGUCCUACUUAUCGUUGGCCCUUGAAGUUGCUCUGAUGGGAAUGGGCCAACAGAGGGUGAUGCCUGAAGGCCUCUACGCACAGGAUAAAGUGUGCCGAAAUGAGGAGCAACUCCUGAGUCGACUGCAGGAACUGCAACUGGAUGAUGAACUAGUGCAGACACUGCAGAAACAGUGCAUCUUACUGCUGGAAGGCGGUCCCUUCAGCGGUCUGGGAGAAGUCAUCCAUCGAGAAAGUGUGCCCAUGCAUACCUUUGCCAAAUAUUUGUUCUCAGCUCUCCUGCCUCAUGAUCCAGACUUGUCCUAUAAAUUAGCCUUACGUGCCAUGAGGUUACCAGUUCUAGAAAACUCAACCUCUACAGGUGACACUUCCCACCCUCACCAUAUGGUGUCGGUGGUACCCAGCCGUUAUCCUCGCUGGUUCACGCUUGGACACUUGGAAUCACAGCAGUGUGAACUGGCCUCCACCAUGCUGACCGCUGCCAAAGGGGACACUCUGAGGCUCCGAACAAUCCUGGAAGCAAUACAGAAACACAUCCACUCUUCUUCCCUCAUCUUCAAACUGGCUCAAGAUGCAUUCAAGAUCGCUACUCCCACAGACAGUAGUACUGACAGCACCCUGCUCAAUGUGGCCCUGGAGCUGGGAUUACAGGUGAUGCGGAUGACCUUAUCAACUCUUAACUGGAGGCGGCGGGAGAUGGUGCGGUGGCUGGUGACUUGUGCCACGGAAGUGGGUGUGCGGGCCCUGGUGAGCAUCUUGCAGAGCUGGUACACGCUCUUCACCCCUACGGAGGCUACUAGCAUUGUGGCUGCCACGGCCGUGUCCCAUACCACCAUCCUGCGCCUCAGCCUCGACUACCCACAGCGGGAGGAGCUGGCUAGCUGCGCGCGCACUCUGGCCCUGCAGUGCGCCAUGAAGGAUCCGCAGAGCUGUGCCCUGUCGGCGCUCACACUCUGUGAGAAAGACCACAUCGCCUUUGAGGCAGCCUACCAGAUCGCCAUUGAUGCUGCCGCUGGCGGCAUGACCCAUUCACAGCUGUUCACCAUCGCCCGCUACAUGGAGCUCCGUGGCUACCCGCUACGUGCCUUCAAGCUGGCCUCACUGGCCAUGAGCCAUCUCAACCUGGCCUAUAACCAGGACACCCACCCAGCCAUCAAUGAUGUGCUCUGGGCAUGCGCCCUCAGCCACUCUCUGGGCAAGAAUGAGCUGGCGGCCCUCAUCCCCCUGGUGGUGAAGAGCGUGCACUGCGCUACCGUGCUUUCAGACAUCCUGCGGCGCUGCACGGUGACUGCACCGGGCCUGGCCGGCAUCCCAGGCCGCCGCAGUUCCGGGAAGCUUAUGUCCACUGACAAAGCCCCACUGCGUCAGCUGCUGGAUGCCACCAUCAAUGCCUAUAUCAACACCACGCACUCACGUUUGACGCACAUCAGCCCCCGCCACUACGGAGAGUUCAUUGAGUUUCUGAGCAAGGCCCGGGAGACCUUCCUGCUGCCCCAGGAUGGCCACCUGCAGUUUGCCCAGUUCAUCGACAACCUCAAACAGAUCUACAAAGGCAAGAAGAAGCUGAUGCUGCUGGUGCGAGAGCGCUUCGGCUGAGGACACGGACAGCACACCACUGGGCAGGCUGGGCUUCUAGGUUCCAUCAGGUCAGGCCAAGGACAUGGAAACAUUGGUCCCCCCUGAGAUGGCCCUGAGCACCUGUGGCUGAAACCAAAGGACCACAGGGCUAAGAUGGGGAGAGCCCAGCUCUAACUACUGUGCCUGCGUUGGCCAGGUUCUCACUUCAGCCCACUGUUCCGGGAGGAGCUGGGCCCUGCAGAUUGAUCAGAAACCCCACAACAUGCCACCUCGCAUCCCCUUAUCCCGCGCCUCCUGGGCAAUGGCCCUCUCUCCCUUGGCAAACACAGAACACUGUUCCGUCUCAGGGAUUGUUUAACCAGAGAAACAGAAGCAUUUAUGGUACUGUAAAUACUAUAGUAUAUGUGUUGCCAAUGACAUUGUAAAGUUGUAACUAUUUAUAAUUCUAGUUCUGAUUUCAUGGGCACUUGAAGUAGUGAUGGGUGGGAGGCUAGGCCGGUUGGAAGGAGGUCUUUGUGUUUUCUGAGGAGACUCACAACCAUUUCUCAGGUUUCCCUUGUAGAGUAUAUGCUGUUGGCAAUGGAAGGGUGGGGGUGGCAGGGAGGAAAUGGCCAGUUGGAAUUAUUCCCACCUAGUCUAUGCAGAAACCCCAGGCUGCAGACAGGGCAUCUGUAGCCCAGAUGUGGGGAAGGGGCAGAGACCAGGACUUAGAUGUUUGCCUCAUGAAGCUAUGAGAACACUGGCACCCCAGUUCCUGCCCCUGCCUGCUGAGCUCCUGAGAAGCAAGUGCAGGGAGCUGAGGGCCUGGGGUCUGGGAAGCCCUUGUGCUUAUAAAGUACUCGCACAUCUACUCUGGUCCCUUGUUAGAGUGUGUCUUCUUUCAUCUCUAAUUAUGCUGUGUCUAAUGAUCUUUGCGUGUUAGAACUGUGAUUGCCUGUCUGUAUGUCCCGGCCCUAUAAUGUGGCAGGGAGCGAAGGGCCUCAUAUAUACCAGUUUAGCAUGUGUCAGUUUGGCAUAUGUCUACAUACGUGUUGUAUGAAUACAUGUGUGUAUGCAGGAGUGUGCGUGUCUCUGAGGGAACACACAUACUUACACGCCUGAAUCUGUAAGUGCAUUCCUGUUUAUGUGUGUGCAUGUUUAGUGUGUAUGUGUCUGGGUAUAUAUGUCUGUGUGUAUGCCUACUCUUCAUCAGGGGUCUGUCUUCAUGAGUACUUCUAGGUGUAGGUCUGUCUGUGUACUCAUGUUUGAGGACAGGCAUGAAUGUGUCCCAUUCGUUUGACAGAUAGCUCUUCCUCAUCCCUCUCUGAUUUACCAGCUAAACAUGCCCCCAUCUCUGUGCUGCCUCUAUUCGCCAUUUUCUCUUAACAAACAAGCUUCUUGGCACUGGUCCCUCUUCCCUAAAACUGACUGCUUGGGCUCUACCAUUCUCUUCUCAUUCCAACCUUGCUUUCUCCCCCCACCUUUCUACCUCAAGCUUCCUCUGCCAGCUUUUGUCACAGGCCCUCUGGCCGCUCAUUUGGAGGCUGGGGCUAGAAUGUGUUUGGCCUUGCCCUUCUAAUUGCUAGCCCUACUGGGCUACCUUUUUCUUAGCUUUGGCUGACCUCCAUAGUGUAUCGUGUUCCUUCUACCUGCCUGUCCCCUGUUAACAGCGUGGAAUUUGUAUAGGAGGUAGCAAGGGACAUUCAGAAGAGUCCUUUGGAUGCCAAUGUCUCGUGUUGACUGUUCCAUGUCCUAGUUUCUGAGUGGGGGUGGGUGUUCUAGGGAAGGGUGGUGUAGCUAGAGUGUGGACUAAGGACCUUCCUGUCUCCUUUGUUUUCCUUUCAAUGACAAACUUGUGUCACCUUUCUUUGCUCUGACAAACCAAUAAGUUGUACUUACUUUUUGUGGCUACUGAAGUCUUACUGCCCAGCCAUGGGCCCCUACAAUCUCUCAGCCCAAUGGGUUGGUGAAAAAGAAAAAAGGAGAGAGAAAAAAGCCACUCCUGUUUCUGUAUCACGAUUGCCCUCUUUUUAGCAAAUGUGUGAACUCACAGUGCUUUCCUAUGAAUAAAUCAUGGAUCACAGAAAAGAU